AUGUGGCCAGCAUGGACCGCCGAAGCGGCAGCCAUCGAAGGACGUUGGGUGCAGCUCGGUCAAAGCCUCGCCGAGCACAAAGCCCGCUUCGAGAGAGCCUGUGGAAGCUCGGCGCCUUCACGGCCCCGGGCCCCGCGGGCAACCCAGCCGCAAGGCGAGCCGCCUUGCAGGUUCCAUGGGCCGAGCCUCGGAAGCGCGGCCUCGGCUCUGGGCAUCUGGGCCGCGCCAAAGCUGCGCAGACUCGGCUCCCGGCGUUCCGGCCCUGGCUCUGCGCUCCGGCGUUCCGCUCAAGGAGCAGACGACGUAGACGUGGAUGUCUUCAUGCAGAGGAUUGACAGCGCAGUCAAGGAGAAGAACAUUGAAUCCGUGUUACUUGAGCUUGAGAAGCUGGGCCUUGAUCUGACGGCUGAGACAUGUCAGGGGUCGGACGUUUACGCGAAGCUUCUUGACGGCGCUCUCGCGUCCUUACUUGAUGCUGGGGCACAGCGAGCAGCUGUUCAGUGUUAUCAAAGGUGGUGCUGGAGCGAGACCACCAGGACAGUGGUAUCAGUGUCUGUUAGAGAGCAAGUGCUGCAUGUCCUGGCAGCCAACUCUCAGUACUUGCCUGCGGCUGCGCAUGUUCAUGAUCUGUUGAGCGACGGCGACGUGGAUCAGAAAGAUGCAGUAGCACUAUUCAACAGCAUUCUCCUGGGUAUCUAUAAGUCCGGGCACGCACUGACGGCAAAUCGUGCGGAUCAAGUUCUAAAGAAGAUGGAGGAGUUGGGUGCCACGCCCAAUUGCGAAACCUUGCGAGUACUGGUGGAAUGUAAGACGCUGUAUGCUGGACCCGGAUUUCUCAUGGACGUCGGGCAGACUGUUCUGAAUGUUGCACGGCGCUUUGUCGGCAUUCCGCCUGAUGGCGGCGUACUGCUGGCGGUGAGCAAUUCGCAUCUGCGGGCUGGGGACCUCGAAGCUGCUUACCGAUGGUUCGUCGCGAGCCAGUUGGAGGAACGUCGACGGCACCUCGGCGAUGCCUUGGAGCUGGUUUCGCAGCUGGCCCGUGGCCUUGCAGUCGGAGGCCAAGCGCUUCGACUGCUUCGUGUGUUGAAGGCGGUGAAGGCAGAUGGUGGGAAGCUCCCCACCAGAGCUGCAUCUGUGGCCCUGGCCGGCUACACUGCAGGUCGCAGUCUUUGUACAUGCUGGCUGGAGCCUCCUGCAGAUGUCGUGCGACGACGUGGUGUUUGGGCUUCUGGAAACAAAGUGCAGGUGAAAUGUGCCGAGCAGUGGAACUGGCAGAAGCUCGAGGAAUCCCGCCACGAAGUACAUCAGUGGCAUCCAUAUCUGUCGCCGGACACCAAAGUUGAACGAGCCUGGCUCGCACCACUGCGCUCUUUGGACGUGAAUGGCCUGGGCCUUGUGCGGGACUGGUGUGGGGAAACGCCGGCACAGGCCACUGCCAGGGAACGGCUCGGCGAUCGCGGUCCCACUCCGCCCCUUCUCGACAUGAAGUCGGCGCUCUGCGUGGAGCCACCCGGCGCUGGCCCAGAUGCCAGCCGCAGCUUCUUCUCAGUGGCAGAGCGGAGCCGUAGCCGACCUGUGGCUCGGCUGCCGAACCCCAGAACUUGGCGCAUCUUCCACGCCGACGCCGUGAAAAGGGCUUAUGGGAACGCAAACCGCCGCCGAGUGCCAAGCCCGUCGCACCUCCGGCAGCAUCUCCUGGCGGAGAAGUCUUCUCAGCUUCUGUUGGGAGCACGGCCUGUAGCAACACCCUUGCAGAUCCCUUACAAGAAGCUGAAGGAGAUCAUUGGGACUCUUACGACCGAGGAGAAAGAGACCUUGAUCCACUUCAAGGAGUCGCGUUUCUCCAAGGCCUCCAAGGAGGAGCUUCAACAAGCUCUCACCGAUGCGAAGAUUGAUGCCGACCUCGCCGGCAGCACUUCGGAGGCCGUCAAGUCCCUUGUCAAAGUUGCCGCGGCCAUGGCAAAGGGGCAGCCUUACCUUGAGAGGUUGACUGAUGAGGAGUAUGUGGAAGCCGUGGAGAAGAUGUCGGAGGAGGAGCUGCAGGAAGCCUGGAAGUUCCUAUGCUCCGAGCGCAGCACAGAAAUCAUGGGUACCAAACUGUCCACUGACGUGGAGGAGAAGCUUCUCUCUGAGCUGCAGGAGGAUGAGCAGCUGGACGGGAGCGCCGAAGACGAGCUGCAACUGGCACUGGAGAUUCUGGCUACCUUGCGCGACGUCGGGGUCAAGCCGACCGCUAUGGACUGCAAGGCCUUGCUACAAGCUGCCCAUGCUCUCGGCGAUGUCGAUCUCGCAGGAAAGGUCAUGGAGAGCGUCGCCGGGAGUCUCGCGGAGCAGGAGGAGCCCGAGGAGGGUGAGCUCGGACCGGCGGGGCAGGCGAUGCUGCAGGUCAUGGAAGACGGUGGCUGGGACAGGGACGCCUCAGAGGAUUUCCUGAAGGGGAAGCGUGUCUUCACAAGGCGGGAUCCAGAGACAAGCCUGGGCAAGAUGCAGACAAGGUACUUGGAUCCACUUUUGGGGGCAGAGGCUUCCGAGCCCUACGCCAAGGAUCGAGAUGAUCUGCUCCAGGCGUUCACGAAGCCUUACACCGGCAAGAUCACUCCUUUCAACAGGAAAAGUGCUCUCAAGCAGGCGCAGGAUGAAGACGAUGAUGCUGACAGCAUGAACGAGAAGAGUGAGAGGCGGCAAAGCGUGACCUGGACGAGCCAGAAGAAAGACGAAGCGUCCGAAGAGACAGUCGAGGAGAAACACGUGGUGACACGCUCGGAUAUCUUGAUAGCCGGCGUGCAGCACCCAGAAGAGGCAGCAGCCCUGGUCGCUUUGGCUGGCAGAGACUCAAAGGGGCUCAUGUACAACAACUCAUCGGUCCUUCGCGAGCACUUGGACCGCUUGGGGCUGACGCCUCCCACGAAACCGAGCGCGUCCAAAAAGCUGCUGGCCUUUGCGGUCGAAGUCCUUAGUGAGGCUGCCGAGACUCGCGCGAUGGUGGCGUGA